AUGGACAUCCAAUUCAUAUUAGACCCGUUUGCGUGCGCAGUAUAUAUUGUUGACUAUAUUAACAAGGCUGACCGAGGGAUGUCUCGUCUUUUGCGUGAAGCUUUGGACGAAGCUAAAAAAGGAAAUAAAAGUGUUAAAGAUUCAUUAAGAAUAGUAUCUAAUGUAUUCUUAAAUUCUAGUGAGAUCUCUGCUCAAGAGGCAAUCUAUGUACUGACUGGUUUACCGUUGUCACGAGCUAGUGAAGCUGCAAUGUACAUAAACACUAGUUUGCCACAAGAGCGAGUGCAUAUUUUAAAAAGUUACCUUGAAUUGCAAAGCCUCGAACCUGAUUCUUCCGAUAUAUUCCAAAAGGGUAUUAUUGAUUAUUAUUUAAAACGACCACUAUCGUUAGAAAACAUAAGUCUUUCCCAUUUUGUAGCAUAUUACACCUAUUCCAAAAAAACUCAUUCAGCUAGUUCAAUAGAAACUCUCAAUGACAGUUCUCAAGCAAUUAAUUAUUCCCAGGCUGUUGAAGAAGUUGAAGCGGAAGUGAAUUGGAUUCCUUUGCAAGAUAAUUUAGGAUACAUACGGAAAAGAACUAAAACUCGAGUAAUACGAUUUCGCCGGUACAGUUACAUUGAUGAUCCAGACAAUUUCUAUAGGGAACAGAUGGUGCUAUACAUCCCUUGGCGAAGCGAGGAGGAAGAAUUACUAAAUCCCAACAUAAAUAUAAAGGACAUAUUUUACGAGUAUAAAGAAAGAAUAAAGGCCGAAAGUAAACAAUUCAAUAAACUAGGUGAUGCUGAAAUGUUUGAAACAUUGCUAACAGAAAUAAGAAAUGUAGAAUUAAUAAACAAAGAAGAAGAUUUGCAAGGAAGAGGAGUCAACGUGGAUGUAUUUGAAGGCUUUGAAUUUGAGACGCAAACAGUAGAUAUAGCAGAAGAACUCAUUCCAGGCGGAAAUCCCGGGCCGCAAUUAUGUGGUGACCCCUCAACUUUCAUUGCGCAGCCACCUCUUUUGUCCCAUGACGAUUUUUUGAUUCUAAAUAGAAAACUAAAUGAUGCUCAAAGAGACACAGAAGCUGGUAGUAAUCCCGAUGAAUUAAAAAUACUUUUAACAGCUUUUACCGGUAAAGCUGCAUUUGGAAUAGGAGGGCAAACAAUCCAUAGCGCACUUGGACUUCCAGUGUCUCAAGCGGGCAACAUUUUACCAGAGCUGUCGCUAAGUGUGGCCAAUACUCUGGCCACAAAACUAGCAAAACUACGUUUAAUUGUAAUUGAUGAAAUUUCAAUGCUAGGAUCCAGGACAUUCCAUCAAAUAAAUCGUAGACUUCAGCAAAUAUUUCAUUCUUCUACCUUCUUUUCUGGAAUUUCAGUGAUAGUAGUUGGAGACUUCAGACAAUUACCACCUGUUGGCGACAACUGGGUGUUUCAAGCUAAUUCUCGAAAUCGUUUAGCAGAAAUAGCAGAUACGCCGCUUUGGGAUUUAUUUGUACCGACAGAGCUUAAAGAAAUAAUGCGUCAAAGGGAUAAUGUUGCCUUUGCAACGGAAUUAAAUAAUAUGGCUAGUGGAUGUGUGUCACCUGAAGAUGUCAAUUUAAUUGAAGGUCGGUGCUUUAGUAACUCAUCACUUCCAGACACGUGUAAGGGUGCAGUUCAUCUAUUUAGCAGUAACCGAGAAGUUGAGCAUAAUUCUAAAAUACUCUCAAAUAUGACUACCGAAGGAGCGAUAUCCCGGGCUGUGGAUAGAGUAAGUGGCGAAGCUAAACCUGCUAUGAAAGAAAAAGCUCUAAACACAGUUGCCAAGUUACCUACGUCUCAAACCUACGGAUUACCUAAUUCUAUAAAUUUAAAAGUCACGGCUAAAUAUAUGAUGACAGUAAAUAUUAACACGUCAGACGGAUUAGUGAAUGGAACCACGGGGGUAUUGACUGCGAUUGAUUUUGCAGUCAAUCCAACUACCGGUGAGAGAAGACUAUUACGCAUUUGCAUAUAUUUCGAUGACGUAAAUAUAGGCAAAUUAAAAAGAAUUCAGAGCUCAACAUCCCUCACUCGUUAUCAAACACGGUUAAAAAAUAAUUGGACUCCAAUAGAGCCAGUUACGUACACUGUGAAAAGGUACAAAUCUUCAAACUUACAAGUGCGUCGCAGUCAAUUCCCACUAGUUCCCGCUGAAGCUGUUACUAUACAUAAAAGUCAGGGUUCCACCUUAGAAAAAGUUGUAGUACAUUUGAAGCCCAAUAUUUUAAGAUCUAUGUUAUACAUCGCCUGCUCACGUGCCACUAGCGCUCAAGGUUUAUUCAUUGUUACCGAGACCUUACGUCCUCCACGUCCACCAUCUGAGCAUGAUUCCGUCGUAACGGAAAUGCGAAAAUUAAAAUUAAAUUCCCUGAUUCCCAUAUAUCCUCCUGCCAAAUCCUGCCAAAUUAUGUUCCAUAACAUACAAUCUUUACGUAAACACUUGCAGGAUGUAGUAACCGAUCCACAGACGAUGGCAUGCGACAUUUAUUUAGCCGUAGAAACUUGGAGUUGUCUUCAAGAUUUAUUCAAUAUGAAUAAUUUUGAAGAAAUAGUUCGAACAAAUGGCCCGAAACAGUAUUCUGCAAACCCCGGCUUUGGUGUAUCUGCAAUGGUAAGACAUAAUCUAGAAUAUUCCAACCCACGAUCUUACAGUGAAAUUUCCGGAACUGAGCACUGUGAAGCAGUAUCUUUUGAAGUAAAUAAUGUGAAAAUAGUAGCCUUUUAUAGAUCAUGCAAAUGCCCCAACAGCGUCGCAGUGGGUAUUAUAAAUAAUUUACUGUCGCAUAUUCUUGCAUUAUUUUUGGAGAUUUUAACGAAGACUCCCUUAGUAACAGCAAUACUGCAGUAUUUAAAUUACUAA